UUGUUUGAAUAGAUUUUCUACUCGAAUAUGUUUUAUCUCAUAUCUCAUUUCACUAGUUUGCUUUUGAUGCUGACUAAUAAAUAAAUGGUGCCUCAGUAAUUCCAAAAAGGUUAUGUUACUAUUCAUAGCUCAGAAGGCCUACUAACUGCUGAAGUGUGUAAAAAAAAAUUCACCUUGUCAUCCUUUUUGUGUCAUCCUUUUUCAUUUUUGCUCCUUUAUUUUCACCUUUUCAUUCAUUUUGCUUUAUUGUGAGUCUUUAGAUUGCAUUUAGUUUAAGUAUAUGCACUUCAAACAGGACUCAGGGCUACUCUUUGACAUGCGUGAAAAAGACAUCUGUCCACUGGUACUAAUGUCACCGCAGCCACUUUUUGAGUGAAUCUGUCUGUCUAACAUCAUGUGUCCAUUGAUGCUUGUGAUAUAUUUAAAAAGUGUUUCUUUGAACACAUGUUAAGUAGCUCGAAACGCUCAAACGGGGGUUCUACAGUAAUAUAAUCAAGCGGCUCAUUAUGCCAGAAAUGAUCUGUAGUGACGUGGGUCUUAAUGAACUUUGCGCGUGGACAUGCGUGUGACACGCGGCAGCGCAACACAGUGCUGUCAUCCAAAGUCCUCGGAGCCUCCUGUAAGGCGUCAGACUGACCGCCUGGCUGCCAGAUCAGCCUGCAUUUCACACCUACCUCCAAAUCAGGUGGCUGCUGCUUCAGCUCCAUCACCGCGGACUGUGCAGUGAUGGUCGAGUGUGUGGAUGUGGAUUAGAGACUCGGGUCUAACUGGCUGAUGCGGAACACCUGCACGUGGCGGAGGACUGCCUUCUUUUCCUUUACUCGACCUCCAGCCUCCAGCAGCUUCACUUCGCCCGUCAAGCGAGAGAAAGCGAACGAUGAGCUCUUCUCUCCCCAAAAGCGAGUCCACCAUUUCUCUGCUGAGAUCAUCGGGGCUCAACCGCAGGUCCGGGCACUCGAAUAACGGUCCACACGACCACCGGAGCCACCGCACUCACCAUCAGUCCACCGGAGCUGGAGGAAGUGAUGAUGCAGGCUGCACUGAGGACUGCGAGACGAGUGCGCGGAGACCUCUCUGCCAACCAAGACAUGCCGACUCCCGAAAUGUAGGUGAUCACCGGGUGCAGAAAAGCCACUCUCACCGGCAGGCGAACAUGCUGGAUGAUGGUUACGCUCAAGAGGACGUGAGACACCGGACGAGCCGGCAUCAGAAAGAGCGCAGCAAGUCCUCCAGGUCCAAACUCGCCCAUCAUCACCACGACUCCUCUCGAGGUGAGCUGCCUCCUGCGGCGCAUCACCAAAGCGGCUCUCGGCAGGACAGGAGGACCUCACCAACUCCAUCUUAUCCAAAACAGUCGGACGAUGCGGCUUUCUUCUUCGAGCCCAGGGAGAGAGUCAUCACCGGAUCAUCCUCCAGUCUCAGCUCUGACCCAGCUGCGACCAGCGCACCUGUCCAGCCCGCAGCCAGCCGCCCAUCCAAAAGACUGAGCGCAGCCGCGUCUGAAUAUGACUCUAGUCUUCAUCCCAUAGUGAAGUCAGUCUUUGGGCAGGACCAGAAGAAGAACUACAAAGCAGUGCAGUCCUGUGAGGAGGGGGGCUCUGGGGGGGCCUAUCUUGAGCCGCUAGUGGCCCUGGCCCAGAACGGAGCCAACAUGCACAACGUACUGGGGCCUGCAUGCAUCUUUCUACGCAAGGGCUUCGCUGAGAGCCGGCAGGCUGACCGAGAGUUGAGGCCCGAAGAAAUGGAUGAGUUGCGUGAGGCAUUCAGGGAGUUUGACAAAGACAAAGAUGGGUUUAUUGGCUGUAAAGACCUGGGGAACUGCAUGAGAACUAUGGGCUACAUGCCAACAGAGAUGGAGCUGAUAGAACUGAGCCAGCAGAUCAACAUGAAUUUGGGAGGACAUGUUGACUUUGAGGACUUUGUUGAACUCAUGGGGCCCAAACUUCUGGCUGAAACUGCAGACAUGAUUGGGGUGAAAGAGCUGAGGGAUGCAUUCAAGGAGUUUGACACUAAUGGUGACGGCCAGAUCAGCACAGCAGAACUUAGAGAAGCAAUGAAAAAACUUCUAGGACAACAGGUUGGACACAGAGACCUGGAGGACAUCCUACGAGACAUCGACCUCAACGGAGAUGGUCAUGUAGACUUUGAAGAAUUUGUGCGGAUGAUGUCACGAUGAGUCCCUGACAGAGAGCUGACAUGUUAAAACACAACAUGGAUUCUCUGUUGGCAUGGGAGGAAGAGGAGAGAGAGCAUCACAGAGUACCGAUGGAUCUCGAACUUCUGAAUUGUCGAUGAACGAGAAAAGAAACACAUAUCAACCCUGCCCUGAAACUGCCAUGCUGAAGCACAAAGGCUGACGACUACAGCCAGGAGCAACACUGUUGAUUAUAUGCUGCUGCUGUUUCUUAGAGCAUAAACAAAACCAACAGCUGCAUUUCUGACUUUUACAAAGUAUAUUUUAAAAAGCAUAUUUUCCUUUAGUAAUGACAACAUUUCUAAUGCUGAUGUGGCUGUUGACUCAAUGGGUAAAAGGGUAAUAACUGUAGCAAUUAAGAAGACAUAUUUUCAACUACAGCAGUAUGCCAGCAAACACCCAAACCAAUACAACACGUUCUUUUCUAAUGCUAAGAACAAGUUAAGCACAAAUACAAAACGGCAAUAUGGAAAUAUUUCAUGUGAUCUUGUCAAAGCUGUGAGUUUGUGUUUUGUGCAUACUGUUGUUCUCUCCACCCUAUACUGUAGAUUUAUUAUGUCUCUUAAGACUGUUGUCAAACCCUGGUUAAGACAAGCCAAUAUUUGUUCUGUAAUUAUGUGUAAUGUAGCACUGAUGCAGUUUUUCUGACUUUAAUAACAUUAUGUCUAUCUUACUGUGAUAUAUAUGUCAUUUUCAGUGUGCACAAGGCUAACAGACUCCACCAACUGCAAAAAUUCUUACAGGAAAUUCUCUCUAGAUACAGUGAGUUGCUAAUCGUGACUGCUGUGAUAGGCCUUUUUAAUUAAAUGUUUGUUUUACUAAUUCUGAAUAUUACUCUGCAUGAGUUUGACAGAUCAUCUAUACCUUAACUCACAUUGGUAGGUGAUCAACAGAGCGUUGAAACUAUACACGAAAGAGAGAUUCUGUUAAUGCUUAAAUUUUUAUCUACAUUUAUUUUAUGAUAAAUGUACUUUAUUUUUAUUGGGUUUUGUGAGUCUACUGAGUCUACAGAACGGACCUGAAGUGAUUUUCACUUUGGUGCAACAUUUACAAUUUUAACUAAUACCUCAAAAUGAAUUGAACAAUCAACCUCAUCCAUAAACUGCCCCUAUAGCAUAAACUCUAAUACCAAUUUAUUUACCCUAUUACCUUCAUUAUUUAUAUUUGUAAAGAAGCAGCAUUGCCUUCUUUAUGCAAAAAGCCAAAGAAAGUUUACACAAAUAUUAUUUGAGUCUUAUUCAGUGUAGUAAGUGUAUGCAGUAUGUUUUCGAAAUAUAAUCCAUUGGAUUAUAUUUUCAAAAUGGCUGCUUGAAAUGCCGGUCGGUUCCCGGGGCAGCUAAAUAUUGGUUGACUGUUCAUAAGUGGACAUGGGGGGAUAUGCAUGCUUUAAAGUUAUGAUAUACUUUGAAAGGGACAUCUUAUUUUGUGAUUUUACUUGUCUUAACUGUGUGAAACUAUGCAUGCAAGAAACAACUGAAAUUUGUAGCAGAAUAUAUAAAAAUAAAGGUUUUUAUUGGAACUUGA